CAACGCUCGGCACCCGCCUCCCUUUCCCACGUGAAGGGCUGCCUUUUUCUCUGCGGAAGGGCCAGGGCGGAGCCGCCGACCUGUGUUUGCAGCCGGUUUUGCCUUCGGGAGGUCAGCCUGCAAAGCGCGAGGACCGAUGGCCGGGGAAGAAGGUGGCAGUUCGGGCUCGUCUCCUGCUGCGCAGCCCAGUCCCGAGGGCGAGGCUGGGGCAGGUGCAGCUGGAGAAGAAGGCGGCGGUGGUGUCAGCAGCAGCGGCUAUGAGGGCAAGUGCAUUUUCUGCAGGAUCACCCAUGGAGAGGAGCCAGGCACCCAACUGUUACCUUGCGAGCAUGAAGACUUAGUAUGCUUCCGAGAUAUCAGACCUGGAGCUCCGCAUCAUUACCUAGUGGUGCCAAAAAUGCACAUAGGAAACUGCAAGACUUUAAAGAGCGAGCAUAUCCCAUUAGUGGAAAGAAUGAUGGCAGUUGGCAGGAGUAUCCUUCAGCGAAAUAUGUUUACUGACUUGAAUGACAUAAGGAUGGGUUUUCAUUGGCCUCCAUUCUGCUCAAUAGCCCACUUGCAUCUUCAUGUCCUGGCUCCAGCCAGUCAGUUGGGAUUCUUGUCCCGAAUGGUAUACAGACUCAAUUCCUACUGGUUUGUCACAGCUGAGCAACUGAUGGAAAGACUGAAGGCUGAAAGUGCUAUGAGUUGAAAAGCACUCGUUUCUACAUGACACUUUGGUUUGUGACCACUGAACAUAAUUGAAGACUAGUAUUAAAAAUGCUGCUAUACAAUGGUUGAACUAAUGGUUAGUGAACAUGGUAUCCUAAAAUUCUCAGGCAAAUAUCUGAAAUAAGAAACCCAUGAGCCCUCUUUAGAGCUUUCACGUCUACAAACCAGAAAAUUAAGUGUUGAGUAUCUUGAAAAAGCACAUUAUGAAACCUGCAUAAGAAAAUUUCAUAUGUGCAACUGGACUUUUUGUUCUGCAGGGAUUCUGUGCCUAUGCAAUACAUUAGCAACUCUUGGCAUCACAGUGCUAACAGUAAUUAUGACUAUUGGUGCUAAAUCCCUUAAUCACUGAUGCAUUUAUAUGACUAAGCGUAACAAGAGCUGUAAACAGUUACUUAGAACUAUGCUUAAUGAGAGAGAUUAUAUUGUUGGACAAGAGUAAGAUUGUUUGAAUGUAGACUUGGUUUAUCUAGUUACUUGCAUAUAUUUAAAAAUAGGAAGUGUAUUACAGGGCAGAUGAAAAUAAAGCCAUGGUUUCUUUGAACAUGGGCUCUAAAGUACAUCAUGUGCAAACUGUUCAUGGGGCUUAUGCUAGGCCUAAACUUGUCCCCUAAAUAUUGCUCUAGAAUGUAGAGGCAUUGUCACAGACAUUAGGGUGCAUGUUUCAUGCAGCAAGAAGCUAUCACUGUGUGGACAGAGCUUGGCAUCAGGUUUAGGGAAAUAUCAAAAUGGCAAAACUGGACAUUAUUUAAGCCUUUCCGCAGCACAUAUUUGCUGUUUAGUUGACUGUUGUCUUCAUAGUGACAUUAACACUGCAAUGUUCAUGUAACUUAAGUUCUCCAACAUUUCUCGAAAAAUAACUUGAAUGAGUACUGAUGGCAAAUGUGCAUUACUUAAGCAACAUAAUUACUUCAUCCAGUAACUAUUUGUUUUCAAAGUACACCAGAACGAAACAACCACUCUUUGUCUUUCUCUGGACAUUAAGAGUUUUAAUCGUGUUCCUUGACUGGAUAUUUAGCAUGUACUUUGCUACUAGAAUUAACUUAUUUCUGGUUGUUUGUUGAACUCAUUUAGCGGACUUUACCUCCAGUAAACUCUGGGAAGGAGAGGGAUGCUGUCUACCAUGUUGAAAGGUUAAAAACUAAAUGUUAAAAGUAUGAAUAGGCUACAUAUGUAUUGUGAAUGUGUGCUUCUGUAACAGAACUGUGAGUGUACAUAAUGGAAGCUUUAAUCAGUUGAAACUGUUAUAAAAAGGAACAUUUUGAACA